AUGUGCAGCAGCCUGGCAACCCGUGUGGCCCCGAGGAGACCAGGGGCUUCGGGAGCUUGUUCCAGAGCCCUGGCAGCGGCCUUCACCAUGGGCAACAAGCAGACAGUCUUCACUCAUGAGCAGCUGGAAGCAUAUCAGGACUGCACCUUCUUCACAAGAAAGGAAAUCAUGAGGGUGAAGAGCCUGGCACUGGAGGUUGGGAACCUGGGGGCAGAGUCCAGAGUCGGCUCUGGGCUGUGCAGGCUUUUCUAUCGCUACCAGGACCUGGCUCCCCAGCUUGUCCCCCUCGACUAUACCAGCUGUCCUGAUGUGAAGGUGCCCUACGAGCUUAUCGGCAGCAUGCCUGAGCUGAAGGACAACCCAUUCCGCCAGAGGAUUGCCCAGGUGUUCUCUGACGAUGGGGACGGCCACAUGACCUUGGACAAUUUCCUGGACAUGUUUUCCGUGAUGAGCGAAAUGGCUCCCCGUGACCUCAAAGCCUACUAUGCUUUCAAAAUUUAUGACUUCAACGACGACGGCUACAUCUGUGCGUGGGACCUGGAGCAGACGGUGACCAAGCUGACACGGGGGGAGCUGAGCGCCGAGGAGGUGAGCCUGGUGUGUGAGAAGGUGCUGGGCGAGGCCGAUGGGGAUCACGAUGGGCGGCUCUCCCUGGAAGACUUCCAGAACAUGAUCCUGCGGGCACCCGACUUCCUCAGUGGGCAGAGGGUACAACUGUGCUUGGCAGUCCUGGGCGGAAUCAGCCCCCACCGGAGGGCUGAGAGCGAGUGAAUACAGGGGACGGCCAGCCACCUGUUUUUGUACCUCCCGUGAGCUAAGAAUGGCUUUUACAUGUUUUCAAUGGCGGGGGAAAGAUUAAGGAAUAGUAACACCGCGUGACACAUGGCAUGGAUAGGAAGUUCCAAUUUCCGUGUCCAUCAAGGGUGUUAUUGGCACACAGCCACGCCUGAAUGUGUACGUACCAUCUCCGGCCGCUUUCUAUCUACGAGACCCAGCUGAGCCGUUGUGCAGAGCUGGAAAUAUCACCUAUGUGGCUCUUGACAGAAGAAGUUGGCUGACCCCUGAGUCAGCGCACGGAAAGAUUUUAGAGCCGUGCCUGG